AUGUCGGAUUUUGACGAGGACACGGCGUUUUUGGGCCAGACCGGACUCUACUUUUGGACGACGUUCUUUCUGCUGAACACCGUCUUCAUCUCCACCGGGUUCAACGGACUUUACAUGGUCUUCAUCGGGUCGACCCCCCAGCACCACUGCCUCAUUCCCGACGUAAACCUGACGGAGGAGUGGAGAAACGCCAUCAUUCCUGUAAAAGUCGUGGACGGAGAGGCGGUGCGGAGCCAGUGCCGCCGGUUCUCGUUACAGGUGGUGAAGAACUUGUCUGAGAACGGUUUGGUCCCUGGAAAAGACCUGAACGUGACAGACCUGAGGCAGGAGCCGUGUUCAGACGGUUGGACGUACAGCAGAGACGUUUACCGGGAGAACAUCGUCACAGAGUGGGACCUCGUCUGUGACGACCAGUGGAAAGUUCCCUUUGCCUCCUCCUCUCUGUUUGUGGGAUACCUGCUCGGAUCUCUCAUCUCAGGACAACUGUCCGACAGGUUUGGCAGAAAGAAGGUGGUGUUCGUGUCCCUGGCGGCGCAGAGCGUGUCCGUGCUGCUUCAGUCCUUCGCUCAGUCCUGGUCCAUGUUCUGCCUCAUGUUCCUCUUCGUCGGGGCCUCUCAGAUCUCCCUCUACAUCUCAGCGUUUGUACUUGGGACGGAGCUGCUGAGUAAAACGAUGAGGGUGGUGUUCACCACGCUGGGGGCCUUCUUAUUCUACUGCAUCGGCUACAUGACUCUGCCCUGGAUCGCCUUCGCCAUCAGAGAGUGGAGACCUCUGCUGGCAGUGUUAGCUACUACAUCUGUCGUCUAUUUCCCUUUGUGGUGGUUCAUCCCUGAGUCUCCGCGCUGGCUCCUCACUCAGGGCCGGAGGGACGAGGCCGAGGACAUCGUGAGAGACGCCGCGCGAAAGAACAAGGUCCAAGCGCCCGCCGUCAUCUUUAAAGAGGCGGAGGUGAGUGUUCUCUCCGACAUAAAGAAAUACUCCAUUCUGGACGUGCUGAGGUCCAGGAACAGCUGCUGCCUCACCCUCAUGUGCCUCGUGCUGUGGAUGGCCAUAAACAUCGGAUACUUUGGCUUGUCCCUGAACACGUCGAACUUGAGCGGUGACCCCUUCAUGAACUGCUUCCUGUCGGCCACGUCUGAACUUCCCGCGUACUUCGUUUCAACGUGGCUCCUGAAGAAGUGUCCCCGCCGCCCGCUCCUCUCCGUGUUUCUGCUCAUCGGAGGCGGAGUCCUGCUGCUCAUUCAGGUCAUACCAGAAUCCCUGCAGUCUGUAGCCCUCGCACUGGAGAUGACGGGGAAGUUCGGGUUCACGAUGGCGUUCGGGAUCGUUUACAUUUACACGGCGGAGCUUUACCCCACAGUGAUCAGGAAUGUGGGAAUGGGCCUCUGCUCCUCGGCCGCCCGCGUGGGAAGCAUCACCGCGCCUUACGUCAUCUACCUCGGGACGUACAACAGGAUCCUUCCGUACGUCGUCAUGGGAACUCUGACCAUGGCGUCCUCCGUCGUCAACUUGUUCCUCCCAGAAACUCUGAACAAAGACCUGCCUGAAACAAUGGACCAGAUGCAGCGAUGUAAAGGUUUUUGCAGUCGACCAAAGAAAGGAAAGUCUGAAAACGGCACAAACGGAGCUGUAUCUCUGCAUUAAGCCCAAUC